AGCGGCGGCCGGGGCGGCGGGCAGGCAGCGCGCCGGGCAGCCCUGGGCCGGAGGCUAUGGCGGCUGCGCUGGGGGUGCGCGGGGCGACGCGGGGCUGGUUCGCGGCGCUGCGGGGUCGACGCCAGAGCCUCGCAGCUAUGUCGGCAGGUGCCCAUGGGUUGACAGCCGAGGAGAGGAACCAGGUUAUACCUGACCUUCAAGCAGCAGGAUGGUCGGAGUUAAGGGAGAGAGAUGCCAUCUACAAAGAGUUCUCUUUCAAAAAUUUCAAUCAGGCAUUUGGCUUUAUGUCCCGAGUUGCUCUCCAAGCAGAGAAGAUGAAUCAUCACCCGGAGUGGUUCAAUGUGUAUAACAAGGUGCAGAUAACUCUCACGUCGCAUGACUGUGGUGGACUGACCAAAAGAGAUGUGAGGCUGGCCAAGUUUAUUGACAAAGCCGCUGCUUCCGUGUGACCUCUUCCAAAACGCAUGUAAAAUCUGACACACAGCUUCGCUCCAGUGGGUUUUGAAGGCAGUUUACGUGAACAAAUGAAGUUUUAAAUUUGGUUCACCUUUUGAGUUGUCGCAUUUUGUAAAAUCAGUGCUUAAAUAAACAUGAUUUCAACUCGA